AUGCUCUCUUCUUAUUCCAUUGAUAUUAUUUUGAUGGUGUUCUGUUUCGUUAGUCUUAAGAGAAAAAAACGUAGUGUUUACUGUUUAGAACAUUUUAAAGUUUACUUGAACACACUCACGUACAACACUCGCAUACCCUGCAUUUCUAGGGUUCACUUCCUCGUUCUUCCUCUUCAGGCUUCCGGAUUCAAAUACGAGAUGUCACAACGAGGUGUUUGGCAGCUUCAAAAGCUAACAGUGAGCUACUGUAAUUGGGGUGGAAGUAGUAGGGGAAUUAGGGCAUUUAUGGAAUCUCACUUGCAAGCAUUUAAAGAAAACAACCCUCAACUAGAGGUGGUUACCGAGCUUAACCGUGGUCAACACCCAUUUCUAAAGGGAUCAUAUAAGAACAAGAAUGAGCGCGUUGUAUCUGUGAUGAACAUGACUCCAGAAGAUGUGUUGCUUUGUGCAACAAGGCUUAGAAAUUCACUUGGAAGAAAGAUAGAGAGAGCAAUUGAAAUCUCUACGUGGGUGUCUACUGUCUAUGGUAAAACAAAGGGGGAGAGAGGUAUCGAGCAGCAGAAGGAGAUCGGGAGGGGUGGGGAAAAGGAUUGCCUCAACAUAGUAAGGUUCAAGCUUUUUGAUUUACGAUUUCCCAUCUACAAAUUUGGAUUUUUUUUUUAUAUGACUAUAAGUUGGGGAACAAUCAGGGAAUUUCGGGGAAAAAAGAUAAUCUAUCUGAUGGAUCUUUAUGUAAGGGUGAAAACCGAUUUAGUAGCUUGGGUACAAUGUUUAUAG